AUGCUACGUGGGGAGCAGCGUGUGCAGAUCACUCAUGACAAGCAGGAUACACAAAGGAGCUGGAGUCCACCUGCGCUAUGCUCACACAUAGUGGUCACAGGUGCCAACAACAUCUUCCUUCCGCACAAAACCUCAAAAGCGAUCAAGGAGAAGGACAUACCCAUUGAAGGCCUGGAGUUCAUGGGCCCAAGCAAAGGGAAAACUGAAAACUCCUCCUGA